AUGGCCACCAACGGCCACCCAGCAACACCUCCCCCAUCAGACCCAUCCGCCAAACCAGAGACACAAGCCCGAGCCGACCCCGACGUACCUCUCACAUCCACGCAAGACGAUGGCCAAUCCAAACGCCCUCGCGACGCCCGGCUAAUCCACGUCGUCCUCUCCUCCCUCGGAAUCCACAGCUACCAAGAACGCGUCCCCCUCCAACUCCUCGACUUCGCCUACCGGUACACCAGCGGCGUGCUCUCAGAUAGUCUCCGACUCAGCGCAGAAGGAUACUCGGCCCAGACAGAUCGGGGCAACAAGCGCGGGGGAGGAGGUUCGAAUGAAGACAGUGCGAUCACAGUGACGGCACUGCGACAAGCGAUCGCGAGCCGGCAGGGUUUCGCAUUCCAGAGCGCGUUGCCUAAGGAGUUCAUGAUGGAGCAGGCGAACGAGCGGAAUCGGAUAGCGCUGCCGAUGGUGGAGAGGGGUUAUGGGGUCCAGCUGCCGCCGGAGAAGUACUGCUUGACGGGCGUUGGGUGGGGCUUGAAGGACGAGUGGGAGAGUGAUGAGGAUAUUCCGUUGGUGGAGGAGGGUGCGAGGCCUGUGUCUUCUUCGCAGAAGGAGGAUGAGAAGAUGGGUGGCGUGGAUGGGAUGGAGGUGGAUGAGGAUGAGGAGGGUGCGGGGAGGAUGGAGGAUGUUUUUGGGGAGGGCGGUGGGGAUACCGCGAUGCAGGAGUGA